AUGGCACCGCACGCUACGGCCAAUUCGCCAACCUUCACGGAGAGAUCACCCCAGUCUCAGUCGAUAUGUGCUCUGAUCGAGACACACGCACGCGAGCAGCCACAUUCGAUUGCCGUCUCCCAAGAAGACAGAAGCCUGACCUACGAGCAACUCCACAAGGCCUCGUUGUUCCUAGCUGCUCUUUUCGAUACAAAUGGCGUCAAGGCAGAAGAUUCAAUUCCAAUCUUCCUUUCGAGAUCUUUAGAAAGUGUCGCAUCAAUACUGGCACUGAUGCGAUUGGGUGCCUGCUUUGUGCCUAUGGAUGCUAGCGCGUGGAGUCAGGCGAGAGUUGAUGUGGUUUUGGGAACUAUCGAGCCGAAGACUGUGGUAGCGUCUGACAGAAGUGAGCUGAACGCCGCUGGGCACCCGAUGAUUGACGCGGAUGACGUUCGCUCUGCAUUCAAAGACUCUAUGAGUGAGAAGGAAGUUCCGACAAUGAAUGGAGAGCUGGACACCCCUGGCGAUCCGGAACAUCCAGUGUACAUCAUUUUCACGUCCGGGACAACAGGGAAACCGAAAGGUGUUGUUAUUCCACGUCGAUGUGUUGAAAAUUAUGUAAUGCAAGGACGUGACCAAGGAAUGCCUUUCAACUUGGGAGUUGCUAGCGAGGAUAAAGUGCUGCUUUUAUUCUCUCUUGCUUUUGAUGCUGCAUGGGGUGUUUUCUUCAGUUGUCUUUGCCACGGGGGCCAUCUAGUUCUCUCAGAACCAGCAAGGGUCCUGGAGGAUGCGAAGGAUUGCACCAUUCUUCCAGCGACACCUUCGCUCCUCACCACAUUGGGAGAUCCUGCAGCCUAUGUGAGGGUCAAGAGUAUUUUUCUUGGAGGAGAGUCUCCGAGCCCCGCCUUGAUCGAGAGAUGGUCGACCCCCAAAAGACAGAUUUUCAAUUGCUAUGGACCAACUGAGACCACCAUUUGUGCCAGUAUGGCCAGGUUGCAACCUGGGAAACCCAUUACUUUGGGAGAUGCGAUGAAUAGUACCCGGAUGCUCAUUCUUGAUGAAAAUCUCAAAGAAUCUGACGAAGGGGAGAUCGGUAUCACUGGCCCCGGCCUGGCAUCGGGGUACUAUAAGAAUGAAGCACUGACUGCUGAGAGGUUUAUCACCUGGAAUGGCUGUCGUGUUUACCGAACACUUGACCGAGCUCGCAAAACACCAGAGGGCAUUGUAUUCUGCGGCCGAGAAGAUGGGAUGGUGAAGAAUCGAGGUUUCCUCAUUAAUAUCGAAAUGGACGUUCUCCCUAUCAUCACUUCAUACCCGGAAGUGCACUCGGCGGCUGCUUUGAUGCACGAGGGGAAACUCAUGGCUGCUGUCAUGCCAGAAGGUCUUGAUAUUACAGAGAUGCGAUUGCAGCUAUCAACAUCUCAUGAUGAGUUCGUCGUUCCUGAUCAAAUAGUCGCCCUCUCAGAACUUCCCCGCACGUCUAACGGGAAAGUUGAUUUGAAAAAAUUGCGAAAGACUUUCAAGACUAUGUUUGCCAAAACCGUUUCUAAAAAUCAAGGUGCUACUCGCUUGGAAAUUCUUCAGGAAGCGAUUGCCGACGCUUUGGGGCGUCCUGUUGCCUCAGUGAACACUCAUUGCAGCUUCUGGGAGCUUGGUGGAAACUCCCUUCUCGCUAUCAAGCUAUUGUCGAUCCUGAGCCAAAGUGGCUAUCGGGUCAGUUUUAAAGAAGUCUUUGCACCUAUAUCAUUGGCUCUUCUGUCUGAGCGACUGGAACCGGUUGGUAUCCCAGCCGUAGCACCAUUGGCGUGUUCAAUCGAAAUCGACCAGAGAGACUCCCUCAUUAAGUCACCAAUCACGGCAACACAACUGGGGAUGAUUCGAUCUUCCAUCAAGGAUUCAACAGCGAGCUACAUGCUGGUAACCAUUGGCCAUCCUUGGAGCUCUGAAGCAGGGCACAGUGACAAAGUUCGGGACGCAUGGAAAGCAGUCCUAGAGCAACAUACCAUAUUCAGAACAACCUUUGACGUAAUAGAAGGGAUACAGGAAGUCAGUCCAGAGUACCGUCAUGAUUGGGAAACCCGCUGCGUGACUAACGAAGACUUACCCGCUGCUCUCCGGGAUGAAUCUGACGAGUUGAUGAAACUCACGGGACAUAACAAAGAUAGCAAUGUGUUCCACCCCCUCAGCAUCUUUCGCCUCGUUGUUAACGAAAGCCAUACUGAUGCCAAUCUACUGUGGCUUGUUCAUCAUAGCCUUGUUGAUGGUUGGUCCAUGAGUUUGAUCGUCAAGCAAGUUCAAGCGCUUCUAGACGGCAAAACUUCGAUGUCCGAGCCGGCACAGUUCUGGCAAUUCUCGCAGAGUCUAUCGCAGCAGUCGCAAAUCACACGAGCCAAAGCAUUGGACUUCUGGAAGGAAGCUUUGUCCAAGGUCGCCGAUGCUGUGCCAUUGAGCCUUCCCAUACCAAAAGACCCAACGGACGAGCGGCAAUUCGGCAUCACUACUGUCAAUGUUGAACUUGCAGUGACUCAGAUUGAGCAGGUAUGUCGGAUUCAAAAUGUUACAUCGGCUACAAUGAUACAUGCUGCUUGGGCUCUUCUGCUACGAUCCUAUACAGCACAAGAACAGGUCACAUUCGGAACUAUUUUCUCGGGUCGCGACUUUCCCCUCCAGGGUAUCGACACUCUUGUGGGACCAACUCUAAACACAUGUCCUUUCCCAAUGAACCUUGUCGACUUCAAGAGCAAAAAAGUCUUCCUUUCCAGUGUGCAGCGCCUGCUCCUUGACAUCGGCUCGCAUCAAUGGUCAGCACAAGAAGCAUUGCAGUCUAUUAUGCCUGGAAGUCACUCUAGAGUUUACCAGACCACGCUAUUCCUAGAGUAUGACUUGCCAAUAUUCGAAGAUUCUACUUUGAAAUUUUCUCGUACCGACUUUCCCGAAUUUGGAUUAACCGUCAUCAUCCGGCGGGAGGGAUAUCAACUCACCUUCCAGGGGUUGUUUGACCAGACAAUGUAUACGAGACCGGUCGUUCAGCGCAUGAUGACACAUUUUCGAAACAUAUUCAUCGCCUUGCUUGAUCCGCAAUGUCAGACAAUAUCUCAGGUGCGCGGGCGAAUGUUGGAGCCAAUCGAGGUUCUCUCCCUGACUACGAAUUCGCCUACUCUGAUGAAGCCCUACACGGGACCAUCCAAUCUCAAGGAUAGCUUUGAGGCAGGUGUUGAUCAGUGGCCAGAUGCCGUGGCUAUUGAGUCCAAAUCCUGUUCUAUCACGUAUCGGGAGCUCGAUCAGCUGGCAAAUCAUGUCGCCAAGACCAUUGCAGACCGUUUGUGUCCCGGCGAUGCCGUUGGAAUUAUCAGUGAUCGUAGCAUAGAAUGGCUCAUUUCCGUCAUUGCUGUGAUCAAAGCCGGGGCUAUUUAUGUUCCACUUGAUAAAAAGUUACCUGUUGAGCGAAUGCGCAUCAUGAUACACACCGCUCAAGUGAAGCUUUGCGUCUUUCCUAAUGAAGACUGCCAUUCCGAAUUUCAAGACAUUUCCAAGGAAGACGUUCUUUUGCAACGGAUGUUGCAAAAGAAUGAAUCGAAAAUGGUUUCCCGGCUAAAGACAAUAACAGUGGGAGAAGAUAUUGCAUACAUCACCUUCACUUCCGGAUCUACAGGCGUUCCCAAAGGUGUUCGAAUCCCCCAUCAAGCAGUGGUCUCUUAUUUGGCCUAUGGACCUGCUCGCAUGGAUGCUCGCCCAGGUCGACGUCAUUCACAAAUGUUCUCACCCGGUUUCGAUGUCAGCCAAGCCGAGAUAUUUGGAACACUCUUUCACGCGACCAUGAUCACGCCGUCUUUCCUGUCAGUAUUGGAUCCAUCUGAUCUACCAAACAUCGACACUAUUCUUUUCGCCGGCGAGGCGGUUCCACAGAUUCUUGCAGACCGCUGGGCGGGCACAAGAACUGUGUACAACUCCUACGGCCCAUGCGAGUGCACGAUUGGGUGCUUAUUCCAGCCUCUCGAUCCGCACAAGGAGGUCACUCUGGGGCGAACGAUUCCCCGCGUUGGAGUCUAUUUACUUGACUCUCAGAAACGCCCAGUCCCCAUUGGCGUGCCUGGGGAAAUUUGCCUAAGUGGUAUCCAAAUUGCUAAUGGGUAUAUUGGCGCUGGAAUGGAAUCGGUUUCGAGGACGCGCUUCAUUCCAGACCCUUUUGUGCCCGGAUAUCGCAUGUAUCGCACUGGGGAUUGCGCAGUCUGGACAGAGGAUAUGGAACCCAAGUUCUUGGGACGAUAUGAUAAUCAAGUCAAAAUAAGAGGCUACCGGGUCGAACUGAAUGAAGUUGAAAAUGCCAUUCGCUCGGUCUGUCCCAAUGUUCGUCGGGCGGCGGCUCUUGUGAGUAACGACAACAUUCUUGCCUUUGUUGAGCCUGAAGAUGUCGAUAUCGAUGGACUUCAGAAUGCCCUGCAAGCCAAGCUUCCCAGAUAUGCGUGCCCUUCGAACAUAAUGGCAUUUGCAACUCUGCCUACGAUGCCAAAUCAGAAGCUCGAUCGCAAAGCACUGCAAUCAUAUCUAGAUGUGACAAAAAAACAGAACCAGACUAGAUUGACCCCGCUCCAAUCUCUGGUUGCUCAGGUUUGGCGCGAGGCGAUCGGCCUUCCAGAGACCGUCGAGAUUGGCGAAACGACGGACUUUUUGGCACUCGGAGGCAAUUCCCUUUCACAGAUCAAGGCUGCUCAAGCUGCAAGUCGACGAUUAAACAAGAAAUUACCCAUGGGUCUUUUCAUCUGGAACACCAUUCUGUCAGCUUUGUGCGAGGAGAUAGCUGGCCAUCUGCCCGAUGAAAGCGGGCUGUCUGAUCACUUGUCUUUCGCUUCAUCCUGGAAAACUGUCAAGCCACCUUAUACAAAUGUAUAUGACAUCGAGAAAGAGGCUUUCCAACUAUCAGUCUCAUCUCCCACGCCCCAUGCGUUCAAUGUGGCCUGUCAUCUGCGACUGAAAGGAGACCUCAAUCUGAAGGUAUUCGAGAGAGCAAUUGCACGAGUCACUUCAUGCGAGCCGGUCCUCAAAACUUGUUUCAGGGUCGAUGAUGGCCAGCUCCUACGAAAUCAAUCUGAUGUGCCAUGUGAGUUGAGAGUGGAGAAGCUGUCCGAGCCCUCAGUCAACAUUUUUGCCAAUCGGCCGUUUGAUCUGUCGUCCGGUCCAUUGACUCGAAUUAUGAUAAAUGAUAACAUUUCAUGGCUCGACCUCGUUAUUGUGCAACAUCAUGCGAUUACGGACAAGGCCGCAAUGAGACAACUUCUUCAAAAGGUGCAAAAAGAGUAUCUUCGUGUUCUGGAAGGUGGCUCUGAGACAACAAAGAUUGCGCCAGCUCAAGUCCCAGAUUACACCAUUUGGGCUCAAUGGCAGAGACUUAACCAGCCAUCGCUGGUUACGCAGAACGAACAUGCCGAAUACUGGCGAGCACAGUUACUCGAUUUGCCCACUCCUCCAUUCCAACCGCUUGGGCAAGUCCCCAGAGCAUAUGUCGGGCACUCGCAAUCUAUUUUACUGGACAUACCUCCAGCUUGUACUGGAUCCAUGGAGUUUUACGUAGCUCUCGUUGGAAAGACACUUGCAAAAGUUCAAAAGUCCCAAGAUGUCAUCAUCGGUAUACCGCACAUUGAUCGCACCGAGCCUGGUACCGAAGACCUCCUUGGAUGUUUCCUCGACCGCCUACCAGUGCGCGUGAAGAUUCUUUCCGAAGACUUGGACGACUUUGAAGGUCUGAUCAAAACGGCACAAACGUCAAUUAAAAACUCUCUGAAGCACUCCAUUUCUCUCAAAGAUAUCCGGAAAAUCGUCGGACAAGAAGAGAUCUUCCAAGUGAUGGUGGUGUACAACAGAAAAGAAGAUUCCAUCGAAAACAGCAUCACACUUCCCAACAUCGAAAUUGAGCCUGGGCAUGUGAAAACAACAGGUGCGAAGUUCCCGCUAUUGAUUGAAUUCACAGAAGAAGAGGGAUACACAACGUGUGAUUUUGAGUACAUGGAAGACAUAGUCCCAUCGGAGACUGUUUCUGUCAUUGCGCAGAAAAUGCGGGAGAUUCUGUCUGCUGUGUAA